AUGUCUAAUGACUCCAAUGGAAUAAGUAAAUCAUUCUCCAAAACUUUCAAACCAUCAUCAAAAGAAGAAUUCAACUUUCAUCUAAUUCAAUUUAAUGAGAAACAAAUACUAAAUAUAUCAAUUGAUGGUAUACUAGAUACAACUUUCAAAUUACCAAUAUCUACAAAAAGAUCAAUCAACUAUGAAUCAAUGAUGGAUUUAAACGAAAAUGAUGUUGAUAAUGAAGAAAUAAAUGAAGAUAGAUAUUUACCAGAACCUCAAUUAUUAGUUGGAGAUUAUUCAAAUUUAAAAAUCUCAAUUAUUGCUAGUCAAAUUGGGAAAAUCAUUUCAUUAAAUCAUCCAAAAGAAACUAUUUUAUCCAUUGGUUCCAAAUGGUUUGGUAAAGGUGAUGAGAUUAAUGAUGAUGAUUUUGAGAAAUUGGGAUUCAUACUUGAAAACGUAAAGAAAUUAUUUUAG